ACUUCUGGUUGUGCCUAGUUGUGCCCAGCAAGGAUUUGGUGGCAUUUAACGAAAUUAACAUUGACGGCAUGAAAUGGCAACUUUGAAUUAUUGUAAGGCAGCAAUGCACUUACUCGUAUAGUCAUAGCGACAUAGCGACUUUGUAUUAUUAAAGUACUUACAUAACUCAUGGUAUAUCUUACGACCGAUCACGGGCCUAGGGCCCUUGUAGGCCCUUCUGCUACACAAACAAGCAAACAAACAGGUGAGCCAUUGCCAACGCAACGCAAAAGUGCGUGAGCAGUUCUGCCACAUAAGGAAACGUCCUGCUAUGGAAACACCAGCCGACGCUACCGAUUUAAAAUGAAAGCAAUACCAAUGUGCCCCUUGAACGGGACAAUGCUAACGUUGUGAACACAAAUUUUUUAUUUUCAUUUAGGGAAACUUUUUUUAUGGAAAGUAGCGACCGCAGGACGCCAGCGGUUGGCCCGAUUUGUCAUACUACUGUUCCACAGUAUUUCGCAUAUUGGCGGCGAGCGGAGCAGCAGAAGUUUUGUAAACACUAGUAGACACGGAGCAAAAUGGAUGACAUCCAAGACUUUGAUUUGUCGCAUCUUGAAGAUUCCUUGUUUCAUAUUCAUGAAAUUGUCUUUAAAGAUGAGCGUGAGCUUUUCACGUUGGAGUCAUAUGUUGACUAUGUGAUGAGAACUAACUCUCAGGCACGUUUUGAUGGGGUCUUCAGGGGUAGACUAGAAGGCACAAAUCCUGAGCUGAGAGAAACGUUGAGGGAUAGCCUCGACACAGAUGCUAUGGGGAAGCACUUGGCGGCACAGUUCCUCAUAGCACCUGAUGGACCAAAGUCCUUUGUUAUGGAACACAAAAACAUCAAAUUGAAUGUGAAACAGACACAAUUCAGUAAAGCUGUUUUAAAGUCAGAGGCGUUUGAAGCGCAGAAACCCAACUGCUGUACCAGAGCACUUAAGAACGGUGGCCCAAAAGAAGCUGUCAAACACUUCUAUGAAUCACUGCAGUCAAAGGCAAUAGCUGUACCAAAAUGGCAAGAACCCACUUCUGAACAGAGUCUUGGUAUCAAGAGAGCAAGGUUUGAAUCUCGUCAAAGCUUACUCAAGAGUCAAGACCCUUUCACCAAGUGUGCUCUCAUAGAAAAUAGCAUGAAGUCCAAGGCCUAUGAAGUGAAACGUCCUUCUGAAGAAACUAGUGAUAGAGUUGCUUGCCCUUGCCACAUAUGCCACCUGCACGAGCACUCUGAAAAAAUAAUCUGUGAACCACAUAACUUGAAGGAAGAUGGAGAGGGUGAAAAUUGUUCAUUGUAUUAUUCUUGCAUUGAAGAAUCUGAGAGAAACUUUCUUUAUGUGACGCCAAACUUUGCCCUCGCCCAUCUGUGUCACCUAAACAUGCUAACUGAUCUGGACUCUUAUUAUCCUGGCAUUUCAUUUCCCUUUAUUUACUUAGGAGGUCUUCAUAGCUUUUUCCCUAUCCAUGUGGAGGAUAUGUCCUUGUGGAGCAUAAAUUAUCUCCAUGCAGGGCAUCCAAAACUAUGGAUUAUAGUUGCUCCUUGUGAUGUGUCAAAAUUGAGUCACCUGCUUACCUUUUAUGGAUUACAUAAUCUACAUCGAGUCUGCAUGUUCAAGCUGUCCCAUAAGAGCACAGUAAUUUUCCCUCAGUUUCUGUUACACCAUAAAAUCAACUUCAAAAUAAUUAUACAAGAACCAGGGGACUUCAUUUUUUUGGCACCAAAUGCUGCUCACACAGGUGGAAACAUGGGUGCCAAUUUAUCUGAGGCUUGCAAAAUCGGUACUCCCAAUUGGCUGCCGUAUGGGUCUGUUGCCUCCAUUCAAGAUUGCAAUUGCAUGGAAGAAAAAAUCCACAUGGACAUAACAUCACUCAUUAGGAUUCAUCGCAAAGACUUACUUGAGUAUCAUCUCAACAAAUCAAUGCAUAUUAAGUACAAGGAUGGACAUUUUGAAAAAUCAAUUAUACUUAUGUCCACUGAUGAAAAAAUAAAAAAAGAGCCGUCCCAUGCUUCUGUUGAACAAUCAGGAUCAAGAUCAGCAUUGUCACCUACUUUGGAGAAAAAAGCAGUCAAACCCACUUGUAGAGGACCUGUAACUUGCCCAGUAGUGAAUUGCUUCAGAGAAUAUAAAGCACCCACUAAAAGGGUUCUGCUGGCUCACAUAUGUCGUGAGCAUCCUAAAAUAGCGGGCAAGAAAUCAAUUCUUGAUGCAGUGGACGCAUUGUUCGAAAAAUGUAGUUAGUCAUGGUCUCACAACAACUGAAGUCUUUUAACUUCUUACUUUCAUGUUUCCCUAUAAAGUGUUGCAUUGUGACUUGUGUGAAAAUUUGUUUUCUUUUGUGCUGAAACCUUUUAUGUUUUAAUCAGUUGCUUAACAGUCAUAUUCCC